CGCCAAAUUUCGUCCAAAGGCUGUGGCCUGUGGUGGUAUUUGAAGAGGAUACAUUUACAAAGCAAAGCUUUAGGGAUUUUUGAAGAUAAGAGAAAAAAAUGCUUCAACUUUGCUCCACUUUCCGUCCUCAACUUCUUCUUCCUCGUCAAAAUCGGUUUACAGAUGCAGUUUUGAUUCGACAGAUAAACUUUGGUUCGAGCAAUUUGAGUGUCAGGCCAGUGAUACGUUGCCAGAGAGUUAGCGGAGGUCGAGGAGGCGCUAACCGAAGCAAACCGGCCAAGCCUCCUGUUAAAGAAGGUAGCAACAAAACAGUAAUCGAAGGUUUAGUAACCGAAUCACUUCCCAACGGGAUGUUUCGAGUGGAUUUGGAGAAUGGGGAUAACAUUCUUGGUUAUAUCUGUGGUAAGAUUAGGAAGAAUUUCAUACGAAUACUCCCCGGAGAUAAAGUCAAGGUCGAAAUGAGUGUUUACGAUUCAACAAAAGGUCGUAUCAUUUUCAGAAUGAGUAGUAGAGAGUAAAGAACACAAAAGAGGUGUGUGUUUCGAGAUCCUGUCAAAUUUGUAUUUUUAAGUUUAGGCAAAAGUUUGAUGGGGAGAGAGUCAUGUAAUCUCGUACAGUUGAUUUCUACUACGUAAUUCAGGUUCUUUACCUGAACCGUAUUGGGUGGUUGUCUUUCUUUUGUAGUCAUCAAACAUAACGCUUGAACAUCUCUAUGCAACAUGAAUACAUGAUUAGUUUUUAUUGGUGAA